AACUUCCAAAGACGGCUCAUCUUUACAGUGCUCUAAAAUCUAAAUAAACUAAAACUACCAUUUCUUUUAUUUGUCUCUUUUGCUUUUGCAUACAAAGAUGAUAGCUUACUUGGGGCGAAUCGUACACAACAACGACGCCGAGUCCAAGCUCGACGACGAUGUUUCCAGCAUAUCUAAAUCCCUCGACCUACAAGGCAGCAUCGAAAACGGUGAUGUUAGCAGUUUAGCCAGUAAAGAUUUCGGUGGUCUUUAUUCGGUUAAGCCCUUGUUCUUAAUCAAACCCUCUGGAGCGGAAGAUAUAAGUCGGGUCGUUAAGCUUGCAUCGAGGACCUCCAAUUUGACGGUGGCGGCAAGGGGUAACGGCCACUCAAUUAACGGUCAGGCGAUGGCCGAGGGGGGGCUCGUGAUAGACAUGUGUUCGACGGAGAAAAACCAUUUCGAAUUCUUGCCAAUCAAUGGCUCUCAUUAUAUCGAUGUUUCCGGCGGGGCAUUAUGGGAAGACGUCUUGACACGGUGCGUCUCGAGGUACGGCUAUGCUCCGAGGUCGUGGACGGAUUACCUCAGCUUAACGGUGGGUGGGACUUUAUCUAACGCUGGCGUUAGUGGACAAGCUUUCCGUUAUGGUCCGCAAACGUCGAACGUGACGGAAUUGGAAGUUGUAACUGGAAAAGGAGAAAUAACGGUUUGCUCCGAAACGCUAAACUCCGAACUCUUUUUCGGAGUCCUCGGCGGGCUUGGUCAGUUCGGUAUUAUUACCCGAGCAAGAAUUAAGCUACAACAAGCUCCAGACAUGGUAAGAUGGAUAAGGGUAGUGUAUUCUGAGUUUGAGGAGUUUACUCGGGAUGCUGAGUUUCUGGUGACUCAGAAAGAAGGCGAGUCGUUUGAUUACGUGGAAGGGUUCGUAUUCUGUAACAAUGAUGAUCCGUUCAAUGGUUGGCCAUCCGUGCCAUUGGACCCGGGCCAUGAGUUCAACCCGACUCAUAUCUCUCAAACCGCCGGCUCAGUCCUCUACUGCCUCGAAGUGGCUUUCCAUUACCGCAACAGUGACCACCCAACUGUAGAUACGGCCGUAAACGGGCUUCUUGGACGGCUACGAUUCGUUGAAGGGUUGAAAUCCCAGGUGGACGUAAGCUACACGAAGUUCUUACUGCGUGUAAACCGAGCGGAGGAACAAGUGAAAGCCAAUGGCACUUGGGAUGGUCCUCACCCUUGGUUGAACCUCUUCGUGUCUAAAUCGGACGUCGUUAAUUUUGAUCGGACGGUGUUUAAAACGAUGUUGAAAGAUGGAGUCGGUGGGCCCAUGCUGAUCUACCCUCUUCUGCGUAGCAAAUGGGAUGAUCGAACGUCUGUGGUGUUACCCGAAGGUGAAAUCUUCUACAUCGUGGCUUUGCUACGCUUCGUUCCCAAUGGCCCAUCUGUUGAAAAAUCGGUUGCUCAAAACCGUGAGAUUGUAAAUUGGUGCAUCAAAGUGGGUUUGGAUUUCAAGUUAUACCUCCCUCACUACCAAUCAAAAGAGGAUUGGGAACGACAUUUUGGGAAUCGAUGGUCAAGAUUUGUGGAGAGGAAGGCUAGCUUUGAUCCUAUGGCCAUACUUGCACCGGGGCAAAAUAUUUUCAGGAGGGACCUACCGAAUAUCAUAAUUGGCAGGGAAUUUUAAUUUUAAUUUUUUUUGCAUAUCAUCACAUUUAUCAUCUUUAAUGUUUCCCCCUAAUUAAUUUGUGGGUUAGGUCAGUUCUGUUUGCAAAUGAUUGAUGACAAUGAAUGUUGCAUUAUCAUUGUAAAGGGGAAAAAAAUCUUCGUCAAAUAA